AUGUUGGGCGUGACUUACAUUUCCUACACCACACAGGGAGCUGUCCAAUUUGCUCGAGAUUUUGUCGAAUCUGCCAAAUCCAUCCUCAAGCAACACUUUGAAUCCAAAGUGAGUCAACAAGUUCGCAAAAAUUGUUGGAAAUUGUUUAAAACGUAUUGGGAAGAAGAAGGAGGUUCGUUGGGUCCAUUCCAAAAGAUCGAAGCUUCUCGAAAAUUGCUGAAACAUCCUACCAAGUUGAAUCGAAUUUUGAGUCAAGUUUCAGUCAUGAGUUCAGAUGCAAGACACGUGGUGAGACCAGUGAAAGUGUAUGAAUAUUCACAUCCUUAUUUGAAUGCGUGUUAUCAUUUGAGAAGAUGUAAAAUGAUCAAUGAGAAGAGAAGAGGCAUGGAUGUUUCAUGGAAGCUCAGUUGA